GAUCCCUCCCUCCCUCCCUCCCUCUCCUCCUCGAGGCAGAGGAGGACGGCCGGCUUCUUGUAUCCAGCGCCUUGUUCUCCCCACCCACCGACACCCCAGACUGCGCGUCCACGAACGCACUCGCCCACCGGCCCAAUCAUUCCCAACUUGAGCAAUCGUCUCCAGCCGAUGCUUCCUCCCCAUCAAUCUUUCCCGGUUCGUCACAUUGCGUCCGGCUUGCCCUGCCCCUGCUAGAUUCAGGAGCUUUGCUUCCAAUGUACUCCAUGCCAUUGUCUGAUUUGUUGCAUAAUUCAGAGUGAAUCAAAGAGAGGAACAGGAUUCAUUUUCAUUCGCUAAAUAAACUGUGGGGAACCGCUGAUUAAGCUCAUUGUGUAUCCAGUGCUGCAGCAAUGGUGCUAGGCCUCCGAACUAAGACGAGGAAGGAUUCUGCCUUCCAUGUGGAUUUCAAUAUCCUCAUCCAAGAAAUCAGCCCUUGGCCCCCUUCUGAGUCCCUGAAGUCUUUGCGCUCCGUGGUCCUGUUCUGGGAAAAUGGCGAGCGCAAUUCAGGGAAGACAAGCACUGUUGCUCCUUCUAUUGGGUCUGGUUCUGCAUCCGGGAAGAUUGAAUUCAAUGAGUUCAUAACCUUACAGGCUGAUUUCCAAAAGGAGGGGUCAUCCAAGAGUGGAAAGUGGCAGAAGAACCUGCUUGAGUUGAACUUAUAUGAGCCAAGGAGGGAUAAGCUGAAGGGUCAACAUUUGGGAACUGCAACAUUGGAUUUGGCAGAGCAUGCAAUGUUUCAUGAGGACUCGAGUGUUCCUGUACCUCUCAAUUCCAGAAGGAGCUUCAAAAGCAAUGCCCAGCCCAUGGUUUACCUUCGAAUCCAACCGUUGGAUGGGGAUAACUCAAGUGUUUCCUCAAGAGAUGCCUUAUCAAAAGAGGCAUCAGUUGAUAAGGAUUCAAAGGAAUUCGUAUCAGCAACAAUGAGUGAGGAGUAUACGGAAGAUACUGAGUUUGCUUCCUUCACUGAUGAUGAUGAAGAGGAAGUUCCAUACCCGCACCGCUCGGGUGGAACUGUUCCUACAGGUAGUAAUAGGUCUCAGGAAUCUCUCAAGGGGAAGGAUAUCAACUUAGUUGGUAAUGAAGGCACCAGUUCAUCGUAUGAUUCUCUGCGUGAAGUGGCAUCAUCCAGUACGAAAGCGAGGAGUGAAGAAGUUGCAAAGUAUCCAACUCAAGUCCAAAAGGCAAAUGGCCAUCCAGGGAAUCUGUCUCUCUCAUCAGAUUUGCCCAGAGAACAAAACCCAUCUCUUCCACCACACAAUGCAUUCAGAAGCGGUCGUAAAAUGUCAUUUGCCUAUGGUAUGGCUGAAUCCAACCAAAGGCACUUUGGAGAUAGAACAUAUAGCACUUUAACUACUGAUAGAGCAAGGAAUAUGAGGUUCAGUAUGAGAGUUCCAGAUGUUAAUGGAAGUGUCACAAAUAAGAAAGUUGAUCCCCAAAAGGAGGAAGUGAAGGAAGUUGAUUCCCAGGAUGUUGCAAUUGCUCAUGAGAAUACAGCUAGUGCUGAUGAUGGAUUGCAAGUCCAGGAGCCAAUACGCAUUUCAAAUAACCGAAAUGACAGCAAAGUUCGAGAACUAGAACUUAAAGUUGAGUUGCUUGAAGCAGAGCUAAGAGAAGCCGCCGCUGCUGAGAUAGGCCUUUAUUCAAUAAUUGCAGAACAUGGUAGCUCAGUGAACAAGGUCCAUACACCAGCGCGAAGGCUCUCCAGGCAUUUUGUGCAUGCAUUAAAAAACUUUUCAAGAGACAAGAUGGGAAGUGCAGCAAGGAGUGCUACCUCUGGGCUGGUUUUGGCCGCAAAAGCUUGUGGAUAUGAUAUUGCAAGGUUGAGUUUCUGGUUAUCAAACUGUGUGGUAUUGCGAGGAAUUGUUACUGAAACUUCUAAGCAAUCGGGAACUGCAAAUGGUAUCAAUUCUGCUGGUUAUAGUUCCAAAACAACAUAUAGGAAAAAUUCUGCAUCAAUGUGGGAGUCACUUAAUAGGAAGAAAGGAAAAUUAGUUUCCCCAGAGUUUGAUAACUGGGAAGAUGUUGACACAUUUAUAGCUGCAAUAAAGAAGAUUGAAUCAUGGAUAUUUUCACGAAUCGUUGAAACCCUUUGGUGGCAGACAUUCACACCACAUAUGCAAUCGGCUUAUAUAACCAGUGACUUGAAAACUAGUUCGAAUGCAAAGAGAAGCUAUGGAAGGAUUACUGUAGUGGGAGACCAGCAACAAGCAACCAUAUCCAUGGACAUAUGGAAGAAGGCUUUCAAGGAGGCGUCAGAAAGGCUUUGCCCAGUAAGGGCAGCUGGACAUGAGUGUGGAUGCCUGCCUAUGCUGGCCAAAUUGGUGAUGGAGCAAUGCAUAGCUAGAUUGGAUGUAGCAAUGUUCAACGCUAUUUUACGUGAAUCAGAUGAUGAAAUUCCAACGGACCCCAUGUCUGACCCAAUAACUGAUCCUAAAGUUCUUCCAAUACCAUCUGGGAAAUUUAGCUUUGGUGCUGGAGUCCAACUAAAAAAUGCGAUUGGCAGCUGGUCCAGAAGUCUUACUGACUUGUUUGGUAUGGAUAUGGAUGACUAUCCAGAAGUUGAGAAUGCAGAUGGUGAAAAUGGCUUUGCUGAAUCCAGAAAGCCAUUCUAUCUCCUGAAUGCAUUGAGUGAUCUCUUAAUGCUCCCCAAGGAUGUGCUCAUGGAUACCAGUACUAGAAAAGAGCUUUGUCCUACCUUCAGUUCCUCAAUCAUCAAGAAUAUCCUUCUGGGCUUUGCACCAGAUGAAUUUUGCCCAGAUCCGAUUCAAGAUUCUUUACUUGAAGCACUAGAAUUGGAGGACCACCUGGAAGGCAACAAGGGCAUACACUCGAUCCCAUGUGGCGCAUCACCGAUCUUGUACAGCCCCCCUGCAUCUGGAGCAAUACUAAGCGUCAUCGGCGAUCCCAGGAAGAGCGGUUCCGCCAUCCUUCGCAAAUCCAACACAAGCGACGACGAGCUCGAUGAGCUGAGCUCCCCACUGACCUUCAUCUCCAACACAUCGUCAAACCCACUUGCAAAGCUGAAGCGAAUCAGCAACUCGAGCACCGCGAGGUACAGGCUCCUCCAUGAGGUUUGGAAGCUGGAUGACCAGUAGGGCUAGCACCUCUAUGCUUCUCUUUUGUACAUAUAUAAGUUCCCAUUUCCUCUUUGGUUCUUGUUAAUGCGCGAUAUUUCAUUCUAUGUAUGUUUUGUCACACGCAAGACGAAGUGAGGAGAAACCGCAAAGGUUGAGCUCUAAUAAAUUCGGUGUGUCUAAAUGCAUAACUGUUCUAU